AUCGCAUUGUUAUGGUUUGGGAGGAGAACAGUUUUGAAAUUUGUUUGAAUGUUAUUGAUGAUCGCGGCUGCAUUCAACACUUGAAAUGCCAAACACCAUUGAAGAUGCUGUCCUGUUUCUCUUUCAGAAUGCUAGACAUCGGCCGAGAGAUAUCAACAGAGCCCAGUUGAAACAGGCCAUUGCAACUGUGGAGAAGGCAGCAGCUGAUGGGCUAAGCAAUGAAGUCAUCACUUCUUUGGCCACAAAAAUAAUUUUUGCAGGGGCAUAUGAUGUUGCAGUACGAAGGAAACUACUUUAUUCACUUGUACCACAGACUGAGGAUUUCCCAUACAAGAUAAUACCUAUUGCAGUUUCCACAAUUACAUGUGUUCCAAUGAGCUCUGCAUGGCAACAUGCAGUCUUGGCAUGGCUUGGUAGUCUACUGGAAUAUGGCAUUGUCAACUCAAGGAACAGAUACAUCCACCUUUGCUACACAUCUGUUCUUAACUUUAUGCAACACUUAAAUCUGGUAAAGAUGUUUAUAGUUUUCAUAUUUUUCUCAGUUUCUGCCUUUUUUACUGUCUCUACUGUAUUUAGCUCUUCGACCGGAUUGGGGUUGUCACCUGACAUACAAGAGAAAGUGCCCCUGACACCAAAGAAACCCAAAGAUAUCCUUGGUUGCUGCAAGGCAAGCUUCAGAUGGCUCGGAAGGCUCCUUGGUCCAAGACAGUGA